AGCGGUCCGCUGCCACUAUGCAGUGUGUUCUCUCCCGCUUCCAAAUUGUGCAUCGGCGGAUGGGUCUUAUCAUCCAACAAUUGCAGCCGAGGUUUUGCUGUUUAAUUCCAAGUGAUCUGCAGCGUUUUUACAAUUAGUCACCGCAAGAACAAUCCCUGAAUGAAUGCCAAGGAUGGCAUUUUUGGGGAGUGUCACACACAAGUGACCAAAACCAGUUUUUCAGGUAAAAAGAUUGGGAGAGGCAAAUCGAGGUUUACGAUCAUUCCUCAGUGCUAUGAUUGCCGACUGCUGUGGACGAUAGCAAAGACACAAGGCUUUAUUCCAGAGUCCUUUGGGGGAUAAAAUACCAUGGCUUCCCCAGAGACAAGCAAUGUUGAACCCACAUCAGAUUCAAUUCUUCCUUCGGGGUCAAGAUUACUAACCAGCUUCCCAGAUCUUCUUAUGUUACCCGAGCUCGUCUUUGGUGGGCUGGUGUGGAUUCUUGUGGCUUCCACGGAUGUCCGAGAUAAAGACAGCCAGGGCUGGGUGAUGUUCGUCUCUAUCCUCUUGUUCGCGUUGACACUGCUUCUGAUGAUUUGCUACUUCAUUGGAUGGCCCCGGAACUCGACGGCUUGGUGUUUAUUGGAUGCCGCCUACCAUGGGAUUUCAGCCAUUUUAUAUUUCAGUGCCGCAGUUCUGCAGGCGAACACCACUGUACAUCUACAGACUGUCUCUAACAAUAUCUACAAAAUUGACAUUGCUGCCUCGGUAUUUGCAUUUGCAGCCACCGUGGUCUAUGUGGUCCACGCAACCUACUCAUUUAAAAGGUGGAAAACGGUUUAACGUUCUUGGUGGCAUUGGCAGCUGGAUCUUCAUCGAAUCGCUUGAAUAAAACGCAUCAGCCCUCUUAGUCCGCACCAACCCCCGAACGUCCAUUUACUUUAAUCCUACACCAACCUAACUUUAUUCCCUCAGAAAAGGACACAAAGGGCAGUCACGGUGGCGCAGCGGUAGAGUUGCUGCCUUACAACGAAUGCAGCGCCGGAGACCCAGGCUCGUUCCUGACUACGGGUGCUGUCUGACCUGCCUGGGU